AUGGCCGGUGCGCGCGGCCUUUGGCGUGCGACAGGUAUGAAGGACGAUGAUUUCGGCAAGCCGAUCAUCGCAAUAUCCAAUUCCUUUACCCAGUUUGUGCCCGGACACGUUCACCUGAAGGACCUCGGCCAACUUGUCGCGCGCGAAGUCGAAAAGGCUGGUGGCGUUGCCAAGGAAUUCAACACGAUCGCGGUGGAUGAUGGUAUCGCCAUGGGCCAUGACGGCAUGCUUUAUUCGCUGCCGUCCCGCGAAGUGAUUUCCGAUGCGGUUGAAUAUAUGGUCAACGGCCAUUGCGCCGAUGCCCUGGUGUGCAUUUCCAACUGCGACAAGAUCACGCCGGGCAUGCUGAACGCGGCCAUGCGGUUGAACAUUCCUGUUGUGUUCGUCUCUGGCGGACCUAUGGAGGCAGGCAAGGUUGUCCUGGAGAACGGUGUACAGAAAUCUGUCGAUCUGGUGGACGCCAUGGUCGCAGCGGCAGAUGACAGGAUGUCCGAUGCCGAUGUCCUUGCAUUGGAGCAAAACGCGUGUCCGACCUGCGGUUCGUGUUCGGGGAUGUUUACGGCGAACUCGAUGAACUGUCUGACGGAAGCACUCGGCCUGGCGUUGCCCGGCAAUGGCUCCACACUCGCAACCCAUGCGGACCGCGAGCGGCUCUUUGUCGAAGCCGGUCACCUGAUCGUCGAUCUCGCCAAACGCUAUUACGAGCAGGAUGAUGAAAGUGUUCUGCCGCGUAACAUCGCGAAUUUCAAGGCGUUCGAAAAUGCCAUGACCCUCGAUAUCUCGAUGGGGGGGUCGACCAAUACGAUCCUGCAUCUUCUGGCCGCAUCCUAUGAAGGGGAAAUCGGCUUUACGAUGGAUGACAUCGACCGGCUGUCGCGGCAGGUGCCUGUGCUUUGCAAGGUCGCCCCGGCGGUGGAAAGUAUCCAUAUGGAAGAUGUUCACCGGGCCGGCGGCAUCAUGGCUAUCCUUGGUGAACUGGAUCGCGCCGGAAAACUGCAUACCGACAAUCCGACAGUUCACUCCUCAACGAUGGGGGAAGCUCUUGCACGUUGGGAUAUCCGUCAGACCAAUUCCGAAAGCGUGCACAAUUUCUACAAGGCUGCCCCUGGCGGUGUGCCGACGCAGGUUGCCUUCAGUCAGAACCGGCGGUGGGACGAACUCGAUCUUGACCGCCAAACGGGCGUCAUUCGCGAAGGCGAGCAUGCCUACAGCAAUGACGGCGGCCUUGCGGUGUUGUACGGCAACAUUGCCGAAGAAGGCUGUGUCGUAAAAACCGCAGGGGUUGACGAUAGCAUACUCAAGUUUACCGGUCCGGCGCGUAUCUUUGAAAGUCAGGACAGUGCGGUUUCGGCGAUUCUGACGAACAAGGUCAAAUCCGGUGACGUUGUGCUGAUCCGCUACGAGGGACCGCGUGGCGGGCCCGGCAUGCAGGAAAUGCUCUAUCCGACCAGUUACCUUAAAUCGAAGGGGCUGGGCAAGGAAUGCGCACUGGUGACGGACGGGCGUUUUUCCGGUGGAACCUCUGGCCUUUCGAUCGGCCACAUGUCUCCGGAGGCAGCAGAAGGUGGCGCUGUCGGCCUGGUGGAAGAAGGCGACACAAUCGUUAUCGACAUCCCGAACCGGGUCCUGAAAGUCGACAUUUCCGAUGACGAACUGGCACAACGCCGCGCCGCAAUGGAAGCGAGGGGUGACAAGGCCUGGAAGCCGAUCGAAACGCGCAAGCGCAAGGUCACCAAGGCAUUGCGUGCUUACGCCAAGAUGACGACAAGUGCGGCCAAGGGGGCGGUCAGGGAAGUGGACUGA